AUAUAUUUCUAGCCGAAGGGGCGGGCACCAAUCCGCUUUCGCUCUCAAAUCCGCGUUUUGCUUCAAAGCGGGUCUCUCUGGUGCGCCUCCACCCUCCGCCUUAUCUUUCCACCUCGAAAUGCCGGUCUUCCACCUGAGAUUGGCUGCUCCACCAUACUUGACUCUCAAGCAUGUUCCACUGUUUGGUUAUGUUGGGGAAGCCAUUCACUUUGCACAGAACCCAGAAAAUUGGAACUAUUAUUUGCCUGUUUUGAGGAAUCGUUCUCCCUCGGUUGUUCUUGUAAGUUCCUUCCCUAGACUUCAUUGUCUGGGAGCCGCGCACAGCAGUGCUGACAUGGCUGAAAAUUGUGAUAUUAAUAUUAUGGACAUCUGUCAUUCUUUACUCGACAUAAAUACACAUGAGAAACAAAGUUUAAGCAAGGAGGUUCCAUCAGAUAAUGACGGCGACUCUCUUAGCAAGGAAGAAAAGGAGAGACAGAGACGAAAAAAAAUAGGACAGGCCAACAAAGGGAGGAUACCAUGGAAUAAGGGCAGGAAACAUAGUUCAGAGACUUGUGAGCGAAUCAAGCAAAGAACAAUAGAAGCAUUAAAGGACCCCAAGGUUAGAAAGAAGAUGUCUGAGCAUCCCCGUCCUCAUAGUGCCGAGUCCAAGGCAAAGAUGCGUUCUUCACUUAGACGUGUUUGGGGACAGCGUUUGAAGUGGAAACAGUUAAGGGAGAAGAUUUUUCUUUCAUGGGUAGAAAGCAUAGCAGAGGAAGCAAAGAAAGGUGGGAGUGGACAGAAAGAGCUCCACUGGGAUAGCUAUGAGAAAAUAAAACUAGAAUUACAUCUCCAACAGCUUCAGCAUGAUGCAGAAAAGAAAAAAGCAAAGGCAAAGGAGAUGGCAAACAAAAGAGCAAAAAAAGCAGAACAAGCUAAAGCAAAAACGGUGGCAAGGCUUGAUCACGAGAGGAAAGAAGAUGGAGUAAUUAAUGAAGAUGAUGAAGAGUUGACAGUUCCUCAAGGGCUGAAACGUAACAAGAGAUUAACGAAGCUUGACAGAAAGACUUUAAUAGAUGGUCAAGUUGCUGCUCAACGGGAUAUAACCAUGUCACAUAUCUCAUCUUUGGAGAAACUGGACCUAGAGCUUGUAAAGAGAGAGAAAAUUCGAAAAGGUGUUUCGUUUGCAGACCAGAUCAGAGCUGCCAAAAACAAAAAAAUGGAACUAGCUAUGGUAGCCACAUCCUCUAUUCGUGCAGUGGACGAGAAACCAGGGUAGUAUUCUUAAAUUUCUGCAUUUCUAGCGGCAGAUUGAAUAGCGAAGAGAAAAUAUUCGGAUUCUUGUACACAUUUUUCCAACUAGUGCAAGAGUCCCCUCAUUUCUUUACAAGCUUCAUGCCAAAUUUCCAAUAUUACAACGAAGAGUUCUUCGAGCUGCAAUGCAAUCUUUUCAUGGGAAAAAAUGUGUGUUCGGUGAACAGUCCUUACCGGAAACUUUUUCUCCGGCUCUCAGCUUUCUUAGGCAUGAAAUGUCCGGCUUGCCUUGCCAAAAUCCAUGCAGGUUGCAUUAUGGUGUUUAGACAGUUCAAUUAAGCUGCAGAUAUCUCACAACUUAUAGGAUGUCGCAUGAUUUUUCUCUUUUAGUUUUAACAUUGAUCAAAAGCUCGCGGGUGUGGUCGAUGGAUUGUAAUUUUCAGAUUUGGUUUUUCUUUUACGGUUUGGUCACAAAUUUAUUGAUCUGCAUGGUUGUGUUGUUGAUGCAAAAUCAACGAUAGAAGUAGAACCGUAGUCUGUUUUCAACUUGGACACGAUAAGGAAUUUGUCGUUCGUUUC